AAACGGUGACUGCCUCCGAGUUCAACGUGCUUGCCUCGCGUUCUUAAAAUCCUCUUCAUAAUCCAGCUUGCCUUAGACCUUCACGACUUCUUGACACUUUUUUUAUUAUGAAAUUAUUCGCUACUGUUUUGCUUCGCUCAUUAUUUUUCCUGCUGUCCCUCCGACGCCGUGCGGCAGCCCUGCCCGACUUCGGGGGCAGCCCCCUUGGUUUCCGAUCCGAACUAGCGUCCGAAAGAUUUCUUCCUGAGCAUGAACCACCAGGGCCUGUGCUCAGACGCGAUGGAAACAGCACGUCCUCGAAUGCGUCUGACGUGCUAUGGGUGAUAGAGGAUAAUUAUGAAGGUCAGACAUUCUUCGAUAGAUUCGACUUCUACACAGGAGCCGAUCCCACACAUGGCAUGGUUGACUUUGUAGACCAACAAACGGCAUACUCUAGCGGUCUCGCAUACGUCACAAGCAAUAACAAGGUUAUCAUGAAAGGUGAUAACACCACUACUCUUGCUAUGGGAGCCAAUCGGGGCAGCGUACGUAUAUCAAGCCAGGCAAUAUACAACACGGGACUAUUUAUCCUCGACCUAGAUAUGGCUCCGUGGGGUUGUGCUGUUUGGCCUGCUUUCUGGACUCUCGGAGGUGGUACAUGGCCUUAUAGCGGCGAGAUAGAUAUUUUAGAGGGUGUCCAUGAUAACCAAUAUAAUCAAGUUACUUGGCAUACCGCUCCAGGCUGUAUGAUGACCUCUACCGUGAACAUGACGGGAACCAUUGAUCAAAUUAAUGGCACUGACAAUCUUGACUGUAAUGCUUUGAUAAACAGCAAUUCUGGCUGUGCGGUCACAGAAUGGAGCAGGGCUUCUUAUGGCCCAUAUUUUGACUCUCAAGGCGGUGGCGUGUUCGCGAUGAAGUGGGACGAUGAUGGUAUUUCUGUUUGGUCGUUCUACCGUGCUGCCAUUCCUACGGACAUCGUGCAAGGUAAUCCCAACCCGGCUGGCUGGGGAGUACCAGUUGCCUCGCUGUCUCCCGAAGCGUGUAAUCCAACCCAAUAUUUUGUGAAUCAUUCUGUCAUCUUUGACAUCACUUUUUGUGGUGACUGGGCAGGGAAUUCUUAUACCACUUCAGGCUGCCCUGGAACAUGUGAAGAAAGGCUUGUGGAUCCAGCUAACUUUGUCAAUGCUUCAUGGAUCAUUAAUUCACUGAAAGUCUACAAAAGAGCAAGUGUGUCGGUCUCAAAUGACGCCACCCAAUAUGCGGUCCUAGGCCCCGCCCUGAUUGGUUGGAUUCUCCUUAGUAUCGUUUUGAACGUUGGACUAUGAACAUUAUACCGAAGGAUGCGCAUGCUGGAAGCGGAACAUUCAUCUUCUCCUGUAGAUUUUAUCCAACGACUGAUACGACUAAUGAUAUCACGAUACCCUACGAUACAUUUAUAUCUGAAUGGAAUGACAUUUGAACGGUUACAUAUGUUACAUAUUUAGGCAGUUAGAUGAUAUACAGAGGCCACAGUUUACAAUUUGAUCUCUCUGAAUCGCUUUUCUGCAUCCCCAGAAAGUUCUACAUCCUCUCCUGGGAUUGGUGCCUCAGCAAAACUAGCCCUCAAAGGUGUAACACAGACCCAUCCAUGCCCCAAAGCCCACCCAUCCGUUCCAACAGGUACAGACGAUAGUGAGGGCGUAAUGAGACCUUGCAUGUCAGGAGAAAACUUGAACACUAAGUUAUUUGCAGAUGCGCUAUCAGAGCUUGGCUUUAUGGCCGGUGGCUUCCCGUCCAAAGCGUCCGGCCCAGCAGAUGGAACAUCACCCGUCAGAGGUUCCGCCUCUAGUCGUGCCUCGACGGCCUUGAAUAGUCGACCAUACGAGUUACGCCAUAUGCGCGUCCAACAGAUCCUCAAUCCCUCUUCGCUGAGCAGGUUCUCAAUCAUGGGGACGUUGAUGCUAUACAGGUCAACUUCGCCAUUUCGUAGCCCUCCUGAAUCUUUUCCCCAGUUGUUCCAAAGAUGUUUGAUGAUACGACAUGAUAAGGUGUGUGCUGGAUCGAACAGAGUUUUGGGGGUUGGAUGAAGAACGGUACC